AUGGAUUCAGUCUCUCUUCAUCCUCUUUCCGAUUCUAUUCAACUUCCAGUUAUCGAUUUCUCCGACCAAUGCCUAACACCAGGAACCUCAAAGUGGGACAAAGUGAAGACUGAUGUCCGCAAAGCUUUAGAAGACUAUGGCUGUUUCGAAGCUUUCUUUGACAAAGUGUCAGUGGAGCUUGAUAAGUCUGUUUUCGAAGCCAUGGAAGAGCUUUUUGAUUUGCCCACUCAGACCAAAGAGAGAAACGUGUCUUCAAAACCUUAUCAUGGAUACCUAAGCCAAGAUAUUUACGAGAGUUUCGGGAUCGAUGAUGCUAAUCUUGCGGAGAAAGUCAACGAGUUUACUCAACAGCUAUGGCCUGACCAUGGAAACAAGAGAAUUAGUGAGACGAUGCAUGGGAUUUCCGAGAAAUUAGCGGAACUGGACGUGAUGGUGAGGAGAAUGAUAAUGGAGAGUUUUGGGAUAGAGAAAUACAUUGACGAACAUCUUGAUUCUACAAAUUACCUUUUUCGCAUGAUGAAGUAUACACCACCUCGUCCUCAUGAAGAGAAAAAGUUAGGUUUACCUUCUCAUACAGAUAAGAACAUCAUGACAAUACUUCAUCAGUAUCAAGUUGAUGGUUUGGAAAUUCAGAACAAAGACAAAAAAUGGUUUAAAGUGAAACCAUCUCAUCAAAAUUCUUUCAUCGUCAUGGUUGGAGAUUCUAUGUGUGCAUUUUUGAAUGGUCGAUUGGCAUCUACAUAUCACCGAGUCCUAGUGACAGCAAAGAAGACAAGGUAUUCGACUGCACUGUUCUCGACUCCAAAAACAGGAGUUAUCCUAGAUUCACCUGAAGAACUUAUCGAUGAAGAACAUCCACGUGUGUUCAAACCCUUUGAAUUCAAUGAUUACCGUGACUUCUAUAACACGGAAGCUGGGUUUGCAGCUCAGUCUACUCUCCAUGCUUUCUGUGCUCUCUGAAGCAUCAUUUAAUCUUUUCGCAGCAAGGAAUGUAAUAAUGGCUUUAUGUUUGAUUGUUUAAAUCCAUCCAAUAAUAUUUUGUGUGUUUAUGUUUGGUAUGAAAUAAGGUCCCUUUCAUAAAAAAAAAAAGGUAUGAAAUAAGGUUUUAUUUAUACUUUGUUAAAAAAAAAUAUUAUCCGAUAAAAAGGUUGUUUUUUUUUGCGUAAUGAAACAUUCUUUAAAGCGUUU